AUGUCUAGCCUCAAGAAUAUAGUACCAUUGUUGGAUCGCAUUCUGAUCGAGAAGAUCUCAAAGCAGACACAGACUGCAGGUGGAAUAUUGUUGCCUCAGAUGAAGAGCAACUCGAAUCAGGCACGCGUGAUUGCCGUUGGAACAGGUGCUCAUAGACCAGACGGCACAUUCGCCGGCACCAUCGUGCAGAAGGGUGACACAGUGAUCGUUGCACCAACUGCCAGAGCCUACGAAGUGCCCGUCGAUAACAAGACCUACUACAUUGUUAGCGAGCUCGAUAUCCUCGGCAUUGCCAAGGUCAACGAA